AUGCGGAAAAACGAGGCCACGAUUACCGAGCGAACAAAUGAAUACGAAAAGAUUGUGUCAAACGUCUGCGGUCCCGACUACUCCGAGCAUCUGCUGGUCGAUGACUUAGUGGUCUGUGACUGUGCGGAGGGGGACUGUACGCUGGCAAACGGAUGCGAGUGUGUUGCAAGCGGCUCCGGUCUCGACAAUUACACCGAAAGCGGGAGUCUUCUCCACGAGGGCGCUCUAAUCGAAUGCGGGAACUGGUGCGAAUGUGUGAAGAGCGGACGUUGCCCGAACCGUGUCGUCGGCAACGGCUCGAAGCCGGGCUUGAUCCGCCUGACUGAGAAUGUGGCGGAUCUCGGGGUGAUUGCCGAAGAAACAAUUCCGGCUAACUCCUUUGUUAUUGAGUACAUCGGGGAAGUGAUUGGCGAAAAGGAGGCGAGAAACCGCGAGCGACAACACAAGGGUGCUGAACAUCACUAUAUUUUCACGGUCCUGGAAGUGAUCCAGGGAAAAGAAUCCCUGACCUUCAUUGAUCCACGAAAGCUUGGAAAUAUAGCGCGCUUCAUCAAUCACAGCUGUGACCCGAAUUUGAAGGUUGUGAUCGUCAGAAGGGGCUGUCUCUCGCCGAGCGCCGCGUUAUUUGCAAGCAGGGAUAUAAUGAAGGGCGAACAACUCUCGUUUGACUACGGCUGGUCAGCGAAAAGCGGCUUCUCAACGAAGGAUUGUUUAUGUGGAGCGAAAAACUGCCGUGGAAAAUUGCCGUCCAAGGAUGUCUCUUGU